AUGGCUGCCAAAACAAAGGUAUCCAACCCGCUGAGCGGCAUGCACACGGCCGGCAUCUUCUCCGACAUGAGCGUCGACGGUCCUGAAAUCGGCACACUCGUGCUCAUCAUCGACCGAGCCAAGAACCUGCCCAACCGAAAGACCAUUGGAAAGCAGGACCCAUAUUGUGCUGCGCGAUUGGGCAAAGAGGCCAAGAAGACCACCACAGACAUACGAGGUGGACAGACGCCGAAGUGGGACCAGGAACUUCGAUUCACCGUCCACGACUCGCCCGACUACUACCAAUUGAAACUGUCCGUCUUCAACGACGACAAGAAGACCGACUUGAUUGGCGAGACAUGGAUGGACCUGCGUGACAUUGUCGUGCAAGGCGGAGGGCAGAGUGACCAGUGGCACACCCUGAAUUGCAAGGGGAAGUACGCCGGUGAGGUCAGGAUCGAGGUCACAUACUACGACAGCCGGCCCAAGCCCGAAAAGCUAGCGGCAAAGCCGCGACCUGUUGCUUCGAACCCUGAACUGCACUCGCCGGGUGCAACACUGGGACCCAGACCGCAGGUCAAGCGACGACCCUUGCCGUCCGAUCCCGUCACCGGACAAGCUCCCUCGCCGUCCGUCUCAGAGCGCGUACACAACCCACCGAGACCACAGCCGAACCCUCCAGGUGCCUUCGUCUCCAGCCAAUCACCCCUCCAAGCUGUCGAGUACGGGACGCCCCCUACGCACCGUCACGGCAGCCAUCCCGACCAUUACUCCCCUGCGCCGUCUGCCGGGAGUCUGUUCGGGACGCCACAGCACCGAGGGGAUGUCAGAAACGACCAUUUCCCCAACUACGACCAUGAUCCCUUCGUUCAGGCAGCCUCACCGCAUGGAGCGCGCUCGUACAACUCUCCAUCAUCACCAGCACAUCUUCUCCACCAACCAAGCGAAGACGAUGACCGCCCCCCGCCCCCUCCCGCUCACCGAGUCAGUCACAGUAGCGGGAACUUGCACGAAAUGAUGCAUCGUGGUAGUGUGGAUAUGCACAAGGCCACACCACCGAUGAGACACGAUGUGCUGCGAAAUGAAGCACACCGAAACUCAGUUUCGUCGCCGUCAUCGUCCUACCCUGGUCGACCUGCGUACCGACCUUAUGAUUCGGCGCCCGACCUGCAAAACGCAGCUCCAUAUCAUGAGGCCGAUGCGGCCCAUUCUUCAACUCCUCGACACCAUUCGAAUGACUCGGCCUAUGAUCCUCAUCAUCGAUCAAUGCAGCCAACAGUCGAGGAUGUUCCCGAGUCAUGGACACCGCCCAAUGCAAGGGCCCGGGGUGGUUCACGAGUAUCGCAAUACGACGAAAGAGAAUACAACCAGGUGCCGAGUCCGGCUCCUCUGAACUUGGGCGGCCGCGGUAGCGCUGCAUCCGAGAGCCACAGCCUCGUGCAACUCCAAACCCGAUAUGAUACCAAUGGGUAUACUGCGUCGCCGUCACCGGUGUCUCCAGCGGAUUACUCUCAUGCCUUGACGCAUGUUUCACGCUCCCACGGUAACUUGGUUGACCAUUAUUCGAACCAUGCUAGUGAGCUGGACAGCAAUCCGACUCACAGCUCGACUGACUACGAUCUGCCGCCGGUUCCUCCCAGCCUAGUUCCUGGAGUAGACCCCGCCCUUGCUCGCCAGAUUUCAGAUCGAUUCCAGCAGGAAAGACACCACGAACGUCGGUACACCCAGCCCGCCCCAGUCAGCGCUCCUACUAGGGGUCGGCAGCACAGCGAACCGGCUUCGCAUGAGAUCGUCCAAUACUCACCCCAUGUUCAUCACUCAAGCAACUCGAGGUCUUAUGACAGACGUCCCAUCAGCUACUCUACCGGUCCUAGCACGCCAGCAGGGUCAGCACAAAUAUCGACAUCUCAAAGGGUGUCUCCUAAGCCUAGCGCAAACCAUACGAUCAGGCGCAAAUCCGUGAGCCCAGCACCCCCUCCUGCCGAUGCACGGAGGCUAUCAGGUGUGCCUUUUGGCCCCGACUCAUAUGAUGCGUUGAACCCGUCGGUCGCAUCGUCGAAAGAGGUGAGGAACUCCUCGGAAUAUACCAAUGCAGAUGGCAAAAUAGUAACUGCUGAUGGACGAGAGAUCGACCCUUCGGAUCACUUGCCUAUGGAUACUUGGGCCCCGGAACCAGAGCCCAAGAAGCCCACGCCGUCAACGGAGACUCGAUCACGCCCGACGCCCGCCGGUGCGCAGCCUAUGCCACCUUCUGGCCGGCGCCAGCUUCGCAUAGCGACUCGUCCGCAGUCCAUGGUCGUCACACCUUCCGCCUAUACAACAUCGGAAGCUGUACCGUCUCCUCCUGCAAGCACUGGGCGAAAUCGCUUACAAAAGAAAAUGCCGCGUGCCUCAGCUCUACCGGCUCCCAUCUCUGCGGGAUCAAGUCCGCUCGGUUUAGCGACGCCACACCAGCGUAACAGCACUCCACCACGAGCUCUCGUCCGCGCCAGUACCUUCGACUACGAGAACCACGGCCCGCCGUUUGAGAGUGGACCUGGAUACUCACGUGCGGGAUAUGGUUCGGCCCCGCCGGUCCCGGCCAAGGUGCCCAUGAUGAGUGGUAGCUUGGUGCCAGCAUCUGGAGCCCCACGGGGAGGCGACGAGUGGGCGCUCAUGGAAGAGAUGAGCAGAAUCGACAUUGGCAGUGGACGGUCGCGCCGCCAUGGUCGGUACUAA